ACACAUACAUGUCUCCUGCCUGCUCGCGAGUCGCCAGUCUCACCACUGUCCACUCCUAUUAGCCCGGUCCCAGCUUAAUCAAAUCAAAAUACAUCUCAACAUUUUCUUCUGCGCUGGUCAUUGGUAAUUAAUUUAGGUAUACACAGGUUUUUAUCCCUUGGAGAGAUCAAAGUUCAUAGUCGUCCAGGUCUCAACUGUCAUAGUGUAUUCAAACUCUCGAUUAUCAGCCUGGCUCAUCCCUUCUCCUAGCCGGCACGUUCGCCCUUCGAAAUCUCUCUUCCCGACGCGCCUCGGCAGACAGCUAGCUCUUCAACACGAUAAUUCGAUCCAUAUUUUGACUCUAGCCGCCCUCAAGAUUCUAUCUCGCUACUCCGGCUAGCACAAACGCAAUGUCAUCCACUGAUACCGCAGCUAGCUCAGCUGCCUCGGGCCUUCUUUCACAAUAUCAAGCCAAACUCACUCAAGUUUCGACAAGUUCUGUUUUGAUCCAGCUUGUUCUUAUGUUCUGUUGCUCGGUCGGAACUGUAUUGGCAUUUUCGAUUCUACGGCCCAAGAAUAAAAUCGUCUACAUGCCACGCUACAAGUAUAGUGCCGAAGACAAGCGACCCCCCAAGUUGGAAGAUGGCUUGUUUGAUUGGCUGAAACCUCUUUCGAAAGCGACUGAAAACGAAUUAUUGGCUCAAAUCGGCUUGGAUGCGGUCGUCUUCUUGCGGUUCUUGCGGAUGUGUCGAUGGAUGUGCAGUUUACUCGCUAUGCUGGCCUGUGCCCUCUUAAUCCCAUGCGAUGUGUUCUAUAACCUCAAGAUUAUGGAUAAGUCACAACAACUGAGUACCUCAUCUAAUACGCUGGCCAUGGUGAGCAUCAGUAAUGUUCGUGGAUCUUGGCUCUACGUGCAUGUCGUGUAUGGCUAUCUUGUUACUUUCAUCGUGCUUUACGUGAUAUACGUGAAUUACAAAACCGUCGUUCGGCUACGUUGGGAGUGGUUUAGAAGUCCUGAAUAUCAAAAUUCCAUCUAUUCACGUUCUAUAAUGAUGACUCAUGUUGGCUCAAAGCAUAUGUCUGAUUCCGGCUUACAGAAUUUGCUCUCACAACUUCAAAUUCCUUACCCAACAACAGCCGUCCAUAUUGGACGCCGGGUUGGAAUGCUUGCAUUUUUGAUCGAGCGUCACAAUCAAACAGUUCGUGAUCUUGAGCAGGUUCUGGUCACAUAUCUUAAGGGUGGUAAGAUCUCUCCAAACCGACCAACAAUCCGAAUUGGGAAAAACUUUCUAGGAUUGGGAGGUCGGAAAGUCGACGCGAUUGAUUUUUACACUGCAAAGAUUAAACAGUACGAGCUCAAAAUUCAGGCUGCCCGUGACGCUAUCUCAGGUCGUAAACCGGAAAACUAUGGAUUUGCAUCCUUUGCAGCGGUCGCCUAUGCGCAUAUCGUGGCUAAGAAACUUGGAGCGAAACGGAUCAAGGGUGUUGCAUUCUCGUUGGCACCGCCCCCGCAAGACAUCAUUUGGGAGAACCUGAUCAAAUCCGAUAUCGUAGUUUUUCGUCAACGGGUCAUAGGAGAAGCUUUCAUGACUGUCAUCGCCACUUUCUACGUGAUCCCGCUGGUGGCACUUGCCCUGCUGGCCAAUCUAGCCAGUUUAACUCAAUAUGUUGGGUUUCUAAACUCCUGGUCAACCGCAAGUCCUGAAACCUUUUCUGCUUUUGCUGGCAUUGCACCUCCUCUUCUUAGUACUUUGCUCCAGUUGGCUCUGCCAGUGAUCAUGAGAGCGCUCGCAAGGUUCCAAGCGGCCACGACCCAUCAAAAGUUGGAUCGCGCGGUGUUUUCAAGAUAUUUUGCUUUCCUCACGGCCACCCAGUUUCUCAUAUUCUCCUUGUUGAGUGUUGUGUUUUCCACCGUUGCAGAGAUCGUUGUCGAAAUAGGAAAAAAAGAAAGCUUUUUACGUAUUCUUCAAAAUUUUAACAAGCUACCUGACAAAAUUCAAAGCACCUAUCUUCAACAAUCCAACUAUUGGUUAACUUGGUUUCCUUUAAGAGGGUUUACCUCGGUUCUGGACCUGGUUCAGAUUGUGUCCUUACUAUUGGUCUUCAUCCGGACGAAAGUGUGGGGUCGGACGCCUCGAGAGAUACGGGAAUGGACCAAGCCGCCCGAAUUUGAUUAUCCCGUAUAUUCCGCAAACGUUCUCCUCAUGCUAUUAGUGGCCUUUGUUUAUGCCCCGCUUGCACCACUUGUCCCCCUCCUGGCUUCUGCCUCUUUUUUUGCCAGUUCGUGGAUCUACAAAUAUCAGCUCAUGUACAUAUCCAUCACAAGGUGCGAGAGUGGUGGGCGCUUAUGGAGAAUGCUCAUCAAUCGGGUGUUAUUUGCUCUAUGCGCAAUGCACGCAUUUUUAUGUCUCACAAUUGGGCUUCAAUUAGGAUGGUUCAAGUCAAUCGCUACAUUGCCCCCUUUUGCCAUCGUGAUAGCGUUCAAGUUCUUUUUGAAAUCAACCUUUGAUUCCAAAUUCACGUGGUACAUCCCGACCGGUGCCGAAUUCUCACAGGUACACAAGCACAAUGCUGAUGCUCGGAAAAACCGGCUGAUGAAGCGAUUCGGACAUCCUUCCCUCCAUGCUGAACUGUUUACACCCAUGAUCCACAAAGACCAUCAAUUACUUCUAUCAGAAGUAUAUCGUGGCAGAAUUGGCGAUCCCAGUGAAGAUCCGAAGAACCCAGGCGCUCAGCAGAACUAUGGUCAAGCAAAUUACGCGGGCAGGUCUGAUGACAAAGCUCCUCUAUCUAGUGGACCUCAGCCAGUUGUUGGUGGACUUCGAUUCGCGGCCAUCGCCCAGCACGACCUGAUGUACUCUCAGCAACAAUUCCUCCGAGAACGUGGUGACGACGAAAUGUCCUUAGCAUCGACAUCUCUUGGUAAUCUGGGACAUGCAAGGGAACAUUCGAAUGCACCAGCCCCUCAAAAUGACCUGAAUAUCCAAGGAUACUUGGAGAACGGUCCUCGCCCCAGCUUUCAAUACCAGGAGAAGGGCGGAACUGGUAGCCGCUCUGCUUCACCCGCACCACACGAAUACCCUCCUGAAUUUGGGAGUAACGUCAGAUUGCCUUACCAUCUUCCUGACGACAGCUACAUCCCUUCACCUAACCCUACACAUGAAGAAUCACUAGAGUUUGAUGGCUACCAUCCCGGAAUCCCUGCGAGUCGGCAUUCAACAUAUGGAACCAGCCACUCAAGAUCAACAAGCCCUCUAAUCACCACUCGUCGGCCGCCUGCUUGAGUAGCCUCACUCGCAAGGAGCUAUGAUCAGGAAUGCAUUAUGAUUGAAUAUUUAUGUGAUUUUUGUUUUUAAACUCUGCCACCAUCUACUCUACAAAUCUCUCAGCACACAUCAUUUGUUUAUUUCUUCCCAUAAAUCUGUUCACUGUAGUGUACCACAUACAUAUGGCAGCUGCAAAUCUUUGACGACAAAGCCUCUUUGAACAUUUGCUGAAAUACAUUGUUUAUAUGUAGAUCCUCUAAUUAUAGUCAGUAGAAUAUAAGACCAAAAAAUGGAAUUUGGGGAAAUGCUUAAUGUUGUUGUUGCUACAUUUGUGCAGGUACUUGGAAAAUUAAUCAUACAAUCAGACAGACAAUUCCAUACUACAUUGUUGCUUCAUUAAUUAGUCCUGUCCAGUUCAUCUUGGAUAAUCCAUGUCCUUUCAUAUAUA